AUGUUUGUGACGCUCGGUGUGCCAAGCCGCGCAGUCAGUAGCAAGGCGGAGAGCUACGCACAGCGCUUGCGCAUCGUAAGAACAGCACGUACACGUCUAUUCAUGUCCGCCCAAAGCGCCCGGAAGUUCUUCGUGGGUGGCAACUGGAAAUGCAACGGUUCGAAGCAGUCCGUCCAGGAGCUGUGCGAAGCGUUCAACGCUGGGAAAAACAUCGACUUUAACAGGGUCGAAGUCGUUGUCGCACCGCCAUCGGUUUAUGCCAUGUUGACGAGAUCGAUUUUGCGGCCUGAUUUCGGGGUAGCACUGCAGAACUGCUGGGUCGGAAAACCGGGAGCGUUCACCGGUGAGGUUGCGGUCGAAAUGAUCCGGGAUAUCGGGCUUAGUCACGUGAUUCUAGGGCAUUCGGAGAGGCGUCAUUUACCGGAAAUACGGGAAAGCGAUGACGUCAUUGGUCGCAAAACAAAAUACGCUAUCGACAAAGGCGUGCACGUGAUUCUGUGCAUAGGGGAACUCUUAGAGGAGCGCGAAGCCGGCCGCACCCGGGAGGUCAAUGAGCGGCAGCUCUCGGCGGUAAGGGCACAUCUCAGCGCCGACGACUGGGCCAAAGUGGUUAUUGCGUACGAGCCUGUCUGGGCCAUUGGAACUGGCAAGGUUGCGACGGCGGCUCAGGCACAAGAGGCCCACUCGGAAAUCCGCAGCUGGAUUCGUCGGCAGGUCAGCGAAGCCUGUGCGUCACAGAUGCGAAUUCUCUACGGUGGCUCGGUCACCCCGGAAAACUGUCUUGAACUUGCUGCGCAGCCUGACGUCGAUGGUUUUCUGGUCGGUGGGGCGAGUCUGAAACCCACUUUCCUCGAUAUCGUAAGGGCGUAUCAAGCGAAGGAAACCGUAAGCGUAUAA